AUGAAUGCAUCACAUGUAAAUAGUAAUAGUAAUCAUAUUCAUCAACACCAUCGUAUCAGUAAUAAUAAUACUAACCAUACUAGUACAAAUUAUCCUAGUCAUAAUCCUAUUGAUAGUGGAACGAAUAAACAUUUAUGCUGCAUAGAUUUCCCAACAAAUCCUAUUACAAAAUAUUUUAUCAUUGAAAAACAAGUAGCAAGUUGUGGACCAGAAUUAGUUUGGAAAGUAUACGAUGCUAUAAGACGUUCAGAUCAGAAACCAUGUUCAGUAUUUUUAUUCGACAAAUCCAUUGCAGACAAACUUCACAAGCCUAGAAGGCGUGAAAUUGUCACAAGUGUGCUGAAACGUGAUGUACGAUUAUUAACUCAACUUCAUCAUCCCAAUAUGUUGCAUGUUUUACAUCCAAUAGAAGAAACAAGUGAAACAUUAUCAUUUGCAAGUGAACGUGUACUCUCCAGUUUGGCCAAUAUAUUCGGCAAUCAUACCAGGCUACAACAAUUCGUCAUACAAAAUCUUAAAACAUUCAGAUUCACUGAUAUGGAUCGAAAACUCGGAAUUUAUCAAUUAACUGAACUAUUACGAUUUUUACACAUUGGUCAAUCAUUGUUUCAUAAUAAUGUGUCACCAAGUUCAAUUUUAAUAACACAUCAAAAUCAAUGGCGACUUGGAUCAGCCGCUUUCUUAGAAUCGACUCGUCUAGAAAAACAUGAUAUAUCUCAAUAUGAAUUAGGUCCUUCACCAUGGACAAGAAAAUGGCCAAAAAUGGCUCGACCAGAUUGUCAUUAUUCUGCUCCAGAAUGUUUAAAUCUCACAAAUGUAUCAAGUAGUCAUUUUGCUGGACUUCGUACUAAAGCAUCCAGUGACUUGUAUCAUUUCCCUAAUAAGAAUAGCCCAGAUCAUACGACAGUUACAGCAUCGAUUAAAUCUCAAACAAAUUCAUCUGAUGAUAUACCUGGAACAUGGUCAGAUAUGUUUUCAUUAGGUUUAGUGAUUUGUGCAUUGUAUACUUAUGGUAAUGCAGCUGAAGGAUCAGUUCAAUGGUUACAAAACACAAGGAAACGUGGAUUUGAUAAUGAAACAUCAGAAACAUCGCUUAUGAACUGUAAAGAAAAUAAUACUCAAGAGACUGGUUCCGAAUUCAUGCAUGCAGUUCAACUUAGUCAAAGUUCAGAUAUACCAGAAGCAUUCCGAUUGUCAGUUUGUCGUAUGCCUUUAGAAUUGGUUGAGCCAGUGGAGAAAUUACUUUCAAGAAAUCCACACAAGAGACCUAGUUCUCAAUUAUUUGCAUUACUAAAAUUUUUCAAUGAUCCUACAAUGUUGCUACUUGAUGGGAUUAUUAAUUUCGAGAUGAAAUCUGAUGAAGAUAGAAUAAGAGCUUUACAAAUUUUACAAAACAAUGCAGAAAAUCUUUCGAAACCAAUUCUUUAUGGUCGAAUAAUGCCUAAACUGAUUGAAUUACAUUGGCAAUUAGAAACAAGACAAUUUAGUAAUUUGCUUAAUGAUUACAAUUUAACAAUGUCAACAUCUCAUCUCUCUGUGAUGCAAAAAUCAAAUGAAGAUAUUUGUAUUCAAUCAGAUUCAUUAUUGAUCAGUGGACUAGCUCAUUUAAUUGAAGUUUGCUCUUCUAUGGAUUAUACCGAUUAUAUAGAGAAAGAUUUGAUAAAUAUUUUUGAGAAAAGUGCCAAUUUAAAAACAAAAAUAUGUUUAGUUCGGCAUACACGAUCAUUUUUGAAACAAGUACCGGAUAAUGUUAUUGAACAGUAUAUUUUACCAUUGAUGAAACAAUGUUUAGUGUCAAAUAAUAUUACAGCUCAGAUUGUUGCAUUAAACAAUAUUGAAUUGUUAAUUGGCUACAUUUCAUCUUCAGAUUUGGAAAUUAUUGUAUUACAAAAAAUUAAACAAGCUUUUCAGCAUAAUAGUCAACACUUACAGCUUGCUUCAUUACAUUGUUUAGUUGCAAUAUUAACACGUUUAUCCGAUGCAACUAUUCUAAAUGAUGUAAUUCCUUUUCUGUUGAUUGCUUCCAAUGAACUGAAGUUAAAUAUAAAUAAUGAUAAUAAUAAUAAGUUGAAUGAUGAAUACAUUCAAGAGUUCAAUGCAGAUAUUGUCAAUAAUGCUGAGGAACAUCAUGAUCAAACACAAAGUAACGCCAAUGAACAACCGAUUUCGGAACUAUGUAAUGCUUGGAAAAAAUUGUUGUAUACAAAAUCUUAUUUAUUGGAACCUCAAUUGAUUGCUACAGACAUUUUCCCUAGUCUACUACCUCAUGUGAUUGAUAAAAAAGUCAAUAUAACUGGAUUUCGGAUAUUAAUGUCUACGCUGUAUGCUCUUCUCGAUCUGUUGGACAUUCCAAAUACAGAAACUGAUGAUUUGACUGAUUCAACAACUCAAUAUCGAACUGUUCCUGCACUCACUGUUAAUCCUCCUAGUAUAGGUAGUGGUCAAGUGUCAAAACGAUCAUCGAAUUGUGAAAAUCUUGACGACAUGAAAAUGGGUCCACGAAAAUCUAUUACACGAGCUGCUGUUUCCUUUGUACCAAUGUUACACCCGAAUCAAAUUAAAGAAUUAGAAACUGGUGCAAAUAUUACAAGACGAGCAAGUGCACAUGUUAUCUGUCCACUUCCUCCACAGAAUAGUGAUUUACGCUUUGAUAAACCAACAAGUGACACAAAUUUAUCAGAUAAAAACACCAACUGCACAUCGUCAAUUUCAUUUCUAGGUUUACAACUACCAAGUGUAUCAAAACUACGUAGGCAUAGUUGUGAUGCACAACGUCAAGAACAAAAUAAUAAAUCACCUGUACAAAACGACAAAAUGAAUGAGAAUUUAUCUAGACGUAGCAGUGAUCAAUCAUUACCGGAUACCGCUGAUCGUAAUACAAAUUGGUUUACUCAGCCUAAAUCACGUGGUCUAUUGAAUUCUGAAGAGAAAAACUUACUCACUGCUCAAGUAUGCGAAGGACCAUUUCUACGUACGUCAAAUAUACAGACAAAGUUAAAUCAGACUUCUUCACAGGUCAAUGAACCUGUAAAACAAAUUACUUCAAAUUCUAAACUGGGUAACGAACUAAACGUCGGACGUCAUGCAUCAAGAAGAUCGAGUCUGAUAGCAAUUGGCGAUUCUGUGAUGAAUCUAUUAAGCAAAUAAAGAGGAAAACAGCUCAAUAACCUGUAACCACAUUAUCAAUCGAUCAUAACUAAUAAUCAUUUUUACAUAAAGCG